AAUUUCUUAGAAAAGUUUAAAUAAAUAGGAGCGUGUUGAGUAUUUAAUCCUCUCUUUGAAAUUCAUUAACGACAAAUUUUUAUAACGCAUAAGAUUACAUAAUAAAGACGCGGCAAUUUUAAACUAUGGAGCAUUCAACGCUAAGAAAAGGCAUGCUACUAGGAAUUGGAAAUCCUCUCCUAGAUGUAUCGGCAAAUGUAGAAAAAGAUGUACUGGAUAAAUACGACAUGAUACCGAAUAAUGCAAUUUUAGCUGCAGACAUUCACAAACCGCUGUGCGGGGAACUUAUACAGAAGUACAGUGCGCAGUUUAUUGCCGGAGGAAGCGUACAAAACUCGCUGCGUGUGGCCCAGUGGAUUCUCGACGAGCCCAACGUCACAACAUUCUUCGGAUGUGUCGGUGACGACGAAUAUGCGAAAAUUUUAGAGAAAUACGCACGUUCUAAUGGAGUCAAUGUGAAAUAUCAAUGUAACAAAAAUGAACCGACCGGAACUUGUGCAGUUUUAAUUACGGAUAAGCAUAGGUCGCUGUGUGCCGAUUUGGGUGCCGCAAAUACGUUUACGAUUGACCAUAUCAGAAAUCCCGAAAACUGGAGUUGUAUCGAAAAUGCGAAUAUGUACUAUAUUUCGGGUUUCUUCUUAACAGUAAGUCCUCCUACCGCUUUAGAAGUGGCCAAUUACGCUUUAAGUAAAAACCGUCCAUUUAUAAUGAAUCUUAGCGCUCCUUUUAUUUCUGAAUUUUUCGCAGAACCUUUAAUGGAACUACUUCCAUUUAUCGACAUAUUGUUGGGAAACGAAUCUGAGGCGGAAAUGUUUGCGAGCGUACAAAAUUUCGGGACCAAAGACUUAAAGAAGAUAGCGUUGAAGGUGUGCGAGUUACCAAAGAAAAAUCCGAAUCGUUCCAGAGUGUGUAUUAUAACUCAGGGACCCGAUGCCGUAAUUUUGGCACAGAACGGAACAAUCACGGAGUUUCCGGUCGAGCAUGUACCCGAAGACAAAGUUGUGGAUACCAACGGCGCGGGUGAUGCUUUCGUGGGUGGAUUUCUUGGACAGUUAACUAUGGGUAAACCUCUUGAUGUUUGCAUUAAGUGUGGUAUAUGGACUGCAAGAGAAAUUAUCCAAAAAUCCGGAUGUACUUUCGAAGGCAAAGCAAAUUUUAAUGUUUGACAAUUGCAGUAGAAUUUAUUUGUCAAUUGUAUCAAAUGCACUUAAUAUUUCUAUAUUGGUGGUUAAAAUAGGAUGUAACGGCGAAUAAUUUUGGUUCUGUGAUCAUGUUAUAAUUAUACCAUUUUACCUA